AUGGUCCUUUCAGCGUUUAUUUGUGCCCCCAAAGGACUUCUGUUAGCGCCUCAAGCACCUGCCUCCUUCGACGUAUUAUUUACAUUGUCUUCUUGUUCUCAUGAUGGUUUGUCUUUCAGACCUAUUCCUUCAAUGCGGCUGCCCGUGGUUGCAGUCUGCGGUGCCACUGGAACUGGCAAGUCGAAGCUGGCAAUUGAUCUCGCGUUGGCCUUAAACGGCGAGGUCUUAAACGCCGAUGCUGUUCAGUUGUACAAGGGCCUCGAAAUCGCGACUAACAAGGUCACAGAACCGGAGAUGCGGGGUGUUAAGCACCACUUGCUAGGCAUCCUCGAGCCGCGAGAUGGCUUUCGCUACAACGUUCACAACUAUCGAGCUGACUGUUGGAGCUUAAUCGACAGAAUAAACUUUCCUGACUCCCCCCGCCUGCCGAUUAUUGUAGGUGGCACCCACUACUACAUUGAAGCCGUGUUGUGGAAGGACUUUCUUCAGGCCCGGACGGUUGUGUCUGAUAGUAAGGACAUCCUGAGCGCCAUUCCCGUGGUGGAGAAAGGAGAACCAGAACCUGUAGAGGAGCAGUCAAAGCCUCUGGAGGAUCUGCCACAUCGGUCAUGGCCUGAGAAACUGCUGCGCGAUCUGCCUUCAAACCCACAGGACUACUAUGCCUUUCUAUGGAACCUGGAUAAGGCAGCCGCCAGACGCCUUCAUCCCAAUGACACGAGGAAGCUACAACAGGCCAUCCUGUCUAAACUGGCUAGCAGCAAAAUACUGCAGACUAAAAACCAGUUAGAGCCGGUCAGCCCUGAACCGUCCUUAUCACUACCGGUACCCAAUGUAUCAGUCAACCGAAGUUACUCACCUAAGUACACCGAGCCUCAAAGUCUAAUCAUCUGGCUUGACUGCAAUCCAGACGUACUAAAACCAAGGCUUGAUCAGCGGAUCGGUCAGAUGGUGGAGAGAGGUUUGAUUGCAGAGUUGGAUCGCUUUCUCUCGUCCGCAGCCGUCUCCCUAUUACCCGCGGCCGUUGUCGCCGGCAAACAAGUCCUAGACGACACUGCAAAAAUCGAGCUAUUUCGGCUGGCCAACGACGGUCUCCUGCCUUCGGUGGGUGCUGAACACUGGUGUCGCGGUAUCCUACAGAGCAUCGGUUUCAAGGAGUUUGAGCUCUACCUUCGCCUACCGCAGGAGGAACGUCAUAGCGAUGAAGGCAAACGUCUACUCGCCACCGCAAUAGAACGCAUGCAAUUUGCAACUCGGCAGUACGCGCGUCGCCAGAGGUCAUGGAUAGUCAAGAGAUUCCUACAGCGCCCCGCCGAGGGCGGUAUUCCCGUCUACCGACUGGACGUCACCAACAUCCUGCGC